CGCUUUUGUCGCACCCGAGUUUAAACCCUACAGGUUCAGCUUCACCGGAAGCUUUUCUUUGAGCUUUGCCGUCAUAUAGUUCAGAGUGCGAUUUCAAGCUUAGAAAAUGAAUUUGAAGAACAUGAAAGUUCCAAACGUUCCAGGCGGUGGCGCAGCCUCCGCUCUUAUUAAACUGGGGAUUGUUGGUGGCCUUGGCUUGUAUGCAGUUUCCAACAGUCUUUACAAUGUUGAGGGAGGUCACCGAGCUAUUGUUUUCAACCGUGUUGUCGGUGUUAAGGACAAGGUUUAUCCUGAAGGAACACACUUCAUGAUCCCAUGGUUUGAAAGGCCGGUAAUAUAUGAUGUUCGUGCACGACCUCAUCUGGUUGAAAGUACAACAGGAAGUCACGAUCUCCAGAUGGUGAAAAUUGGGCUUCGUGUUCUUACUCGCCCCUUGCCUGAUCAACUGCCUACAAUUUAUCGAACACUUGGUGAGAAUUUUAAUGAAAGGGUAUUGCCUUCAAUCAUUCAUGAAACUUUGAAAGCUGUUGUUGCACAAUACAAUGCCAGCCAGCUUAUCACGCAGAGAGAGGCUGUUAGUAGGGAAAUUCGGAAGAUCUUGACUGAGAGGGCAUCCUACUUCAAUAUUGCCCUAGAUGAUGUUUCAAUUACCAGCCUGACCUUUGGCAAAGAAUUUACAGCAGCCAUUGAAGCCAAGCAGGUGGCUGCUCAAGAAGCGGAGAGAGCUAAAUUUGUUGUGGAAAAGGCUGAGCAAGACAAAAGAAGUGCUGUAAUUAGAGCACAGGGAGAAGCAAAGAGUGCUCAACUGAUUGGACAAGCUAUUGCCAAUAAUCCAGCUUUUAUCACAUUGAGGAAGAUAGAAGCUGCAAGAGAAAUUGCUCACACAAUAUCAAACGCAGCAAACAAGGUUUACCUCAAUUCAGAUGAUCUGUUGCUGAAUCUUCAAGAGAUGAAUUUGGAGCCAGUCAAAAAAUGACUUGGUCGACCAUGUUUAGAAUGUGAUGACUGAAGUGCAAAGAAUUCAAGAGCGUGGAAUGUGUUUGAGCCUUUUGGAACUUUUGGUAGAGGGAUUGAUUGAUAUUAACGUGUUAAGCAUACACAAAAUGAAAGGGAUUCAGCUAGCUUAGUUACUUUUUUGGUUUAAUCUUUAUUUCCUUUCUAUUAUAUUUCUCCAAUUUCCUUGGAGGAUAUUAAUUCACGAGAAUGUGCUUUAAAUAAAUGUUUCUUGCUUCUUGCCGAACCCUCUGGCAGCUUUCUGAAUUCUUCCCGGAAAAUUGCUUCA